AGCUUCUGUAAUCCUUAAAUAGGCAUACAGCUCGGCACCUUAGUCGUGUCUUCGAAAAAUCUCUUGUCUUCUUGGUUUGUAGGCUUCAGAAAUCACAGUUUUUUCAUACUUGGAAAAAAUGCCGAGUGGAAAGACAGGGAAGAAUAAAGUGAGCGAGAAGAACGCAGCUGGCAAAAAGCCCACUACUGGUGGCGCGCCUCCAGCAAACGAGGCUCCAAAGAAGACGAACGCUCAACCAGAAGGCGCGGAAAAUCCACCAGCAGCUUCAACUGCUAACUCAUCAAAUAACAACAGCAAAUCGAAUGGAGCAGGAAAAAAGAACAAAUCCGGUUCCGGAGGAGCACCGACUGAUGCUCUUGUAGGCGCAAUUCCUACACCAGGAAAGGCAACGAAUACCUGCUCUAGUACUAGUACAAUUCCCGGAGCAGCUGGCGCUGUUGAGGGUACAACAACAACAACAACAACAACAACAACAACAAGUGCAGGAGGAGCAGAGAAAGGCUCAACUACUUCUAGUGGUGCUGAGACUACAGACUCUACUUCUUCGAACUCGAACAAGAGCACGAAAACGACGAGUCCGAACCUGAAGAAAACAUCUUCGACAAGUAGCACUUCGAAUGCUACAUCAGCAUCUGGAGGUAGCGCUCAGUCAGCGCAACCUGAAGUUACGGCUUGCCCUAAUCCAUCUGCAUCUCCAGAGGCUUCUUGAAGCUGUUCCAAAACAACAAGAUGAAAAGCUCUAAGAUGAAGCGCUCCAAGAUGAAGAGCCGAAAGGUGGAUUUGGGUGAGCUCUAAUGAAAUAAGUGCAAAGCAGGUAUUCGAAGCAGGAAAACAAUUAGCGGAGGGCCUCCUCAAAGUGAUGGGGGCCAUGUACGAGUCCUUCAUAUUAUGAACACUGCUGGAUGUGGCUUUUUCAGGUCUACAUAUGAUGAUUGAGUACCUACUGUUGGGAGGUGGCAAUGUACGAGUUGCGGUUUUUUAGUAUUAGUUGAUUGUACAUGUACAUGUUAAGAUUAAGUAGCUAGGAAGUUGUUCAGUUUCACGCGGAAGGAAAUUUCGAAUACUUGUUAUCUUUUCUUCAUGUUCUUUCUUUUUAAGAAAUCCUCUCUCUUUUUAUGAAAGUCCUCUUGUCCUCCACGAUCCUCUCUCCCCCUUUGUUCUAAUCCUCGAAGAGACGAAAAUUUUUCUGCAGAAGAAUAGGCGGCAUUCGUUAAUGAAAGACGUGCUUGUGGAGCAGAGGGUGACCUCCCUGUGGGACGACAUACGGUAUUCAAUUAUGGCUCCCCGUAUAAUCUAUCUCAAUAGGCGGGAUCCCUCAACCGUGUGUGCCCUAAUACAGGGGGAAGAUUCUUGAGCGGUCUACUCAGUUGAGCGGUCUACUCCACAGGGAUGUUGCAUUAGUCCUGAGCAGAGGUCUAAUUCAAGGAUAUUCGUAAACUUGUUCUGGGCUUUUUGCGAGACUCGUUUUGCGCGAUUUUGUGUGCCAAUGGGCGUAGUCUUCCUCUGGAAUCUCAUCUCAAGCGCGCUACCAACAGAGUGGGCGACCACACUCGCAAGGCUCAUAUUUUUGUUAUGAAGAAGGAUGUAUUAUUUACGUUUCUAUUGCGGAUUGUUGAGGAGGCGCAUUCUUGCUUUUGAUUGAUUUUCAGACACUUUCUCAUACACUGCGUUGAAGAAUGGUCAGCUGUUGUUUCGAUUGCUUAUGUCCAUCCUUCCUCUUCUCAUGAUCCUUUUCCCCACCUCUUUCCCACGCUAAUCCUCGGCUACAUGAUAACAUUCGCCGUAGUGAGUGUCAAGUUGAGGAGUACGAUUCGUGGAAGCGUAGAUGCAGGGGAGAUGGAAGCCACGGUAACGAGGGAAAAACAAGAGUGGACUGGUGAUGGAGGCAUGGAGAAUAUAAAAGAGAGUAUUGAUAAUUACUCUUUGGACUCUUUGGUUUAUUUUCCUAAUGAGGGACCUCGACAAUUUUACGGAAAGUACUCUCUUUUUUUUAGAAUUUGGUGAGUUUACAAAGCUGAUUAUACCGUGAUUUUAGAAUUCGUCAGGGAAAUCUUAGGCAGAUUGCCGAGUAGAUUCGUAUCAUCAAAAAGCACCUACAACAACCACCACCACGAAACCACAGCCGUAACGAUCGGCGAGUAUGACUUGGAUGAACAGUGGAGUAUGAUGAAGCAGUCGACUAUAGCCAUGGUCAUUUCCUGCCUUGUCCACUUUCAUUGGCAAACAACGACGCAACUAGUCAUCCUUCCCUGCAUGCAGUACUACAUUACUUCUAUGUUCUUCACGAUACUAAUAUCAUCAUUGCCUGUCUAGUGCAGUACUAUUUAUAACUAUAACCUCUAGAGAUCUAGCCCUUCACGUCGCCUUUUCAUCCGAACGAAAUGAUCCUUCUACCUAGAUUUAACUCUCAACCUUUCCAAACAACAACCUUCCCAAGUACCUCCAACCAUAACCUUUGUCCCUUUUUCACCCUAACUACUUCCAGGUUGGACAGCCUAAGUACUUCCCAAACCAACCCUAACUACUUUAUCUAAAUCUAGGUUGUAGAGCCUUUAUGGCAACCUUUUUCUCUCCACCUUUCGUUUUUCAUCUUCAGGUUGUACAGCCUCUUGUUCCUAUUUCACCAUAAACUCUAGGUUGUACAGCCUCUACGAAAAUCCAUUGGUACGCAUACAUUUGCGACUGCACGACCCUCUGGAAAACAAAAUGUUGGCGCGUCCGUUCAUCAUCAACAACAUGCAGAAUAAUUGGACCAAAGCGGUACUAUCUAGAAUUCACAGCAUGUCAUUCAUUUGAGAUGAACGUUCUACUUUCUUAAGGACUACGCAGAUGAACGUUCUACUGCCUUUUAUCAUGAUACAACAAAAUAUUCUUUUUGCCUUGAGCGGCACAGUAACCCUCGUUCGAACACAUCAGCUCGAUCAGUACAACCAGAAACUUGGUGGUGGCAGUGGUGGCAGUGGGGCGAAGGAUGAAAAGAAAGUGAGCUCCAAGAGCUUGAAGGCCAAAGACAAGCUCACCAAAACGGCCGAUAAGAAAAAACAGAUGUGAGGAGGCUUCUGCUGUUGGAACUGCUUCGUCUCUCCGCUACAGUAGUAGAGCUGCCUGAGGCCCGGUUGACCUCCAUUUCCAUGCGGGUCGUGUUGAAAGACGGAGCAUAGGGUUCAGCGUCGAUAAUUUAUGUGUCUACUUUCUAGUGGUCCCAUAAUGCAGAUUUUUUUAUUGGUUGGAUUCUUGCCUAUGCUGUAUGAAAAUAGGAACAAGAGCGUGGUCAGUGUAGGACCACGAAAUAUGAAUGGUAAGGACCAACGAAACAGCUGAAUGGAAUUUGUUUCAUCUGGAAACUUAUACGUAGAAAACAUGUGAUGUCAUAAUCAUAUUCUGGAUGUCAUACUUAGCUGGAUGUCAUGCAUCUUGUCAGUAUGAAUAACGAUGAAGUACUAUUACACCUUUCCCCGCAUAUUGUCCCCCUAUGGAGCAGUACACGGGUAUUAAUAAUCUCAACAUAGGCUAUAAGAGUGAUGUUGAACAAUAACAGCAAUGUGGACCCUAUCAGAACUAAUCUCUACGGGCACUAAUAACACUGUCAUCAGGGAUCCACACAUACCCUGAACUACGACUACCUCCAGUGAAAUACAUGUUGAGAAAAUAUUGGUGUUGCAUCCCAGGACCAUUAAAGUUCUCAAAGCAUAGAAGUCAGUCUUUCAAAAUUGAGACAACAUGCGACAAAAUUUUCCUCAGAAGUCACUUUUGUUGGGGUGAACGAAGAGUUCUUCUACUUGUAACCUAGCAAGACAUGAUGAUGCAGAUCCAGACGAAAUGAAUGCGCUCAAUAAAC